AUGUCGAAAGAAGCCGUGGUCGAGAUGGAGGACCACGUGGGCGUACCUCCCAUAUCGGCGCAGCUCAGCGAACUUCCACCGGGAUACUUUCGAAGCUCCCUCUUCCUAGGGUCCAUGGCUGCGGUGGGCAUUGGCCUCCUUGCCGCGAUAUCCAGCUUUGCAUUGGCAGCCCCGAUCCUCGGCGUCAUCAACGAGGACAUCGGUCCCAGCUCCAACAUCUCGUGGGUGGCGAUUGUGUACACGCUGAUGAUCGCCGUCGGUCUCACCAUCGUGGGCCGCUUCACCGACAUCUUUGGACGUCGUCACACCUUCAUCGGCGGAGCAGUGCUCGGGGUGGUGGGGAGCAUCGUCUGUGCCACUGCCCCAACAGUCGGGGCCCUCAUCGCCGGCAUGACGCUCGUCGGGCUGGCGGCCUCGACCCAAGUCUCGUACUUCUACGUCACGGCCGAACUGAUUCCUCAGAAAUAUCGCUUCCUGGGCAACGCCAUCAUGUAUGUCUUCAUGAUCCCCGGCGGGGCAUUUGCGCCGGCCAUUGCCAAUUCGUGCAUUCUCCACACUCCUGGCGGUUGGCGCUCGACAUUUUACAUCGUCAUUGCAAUCCAAGCCGCGGCCUUGUUCUGCUGGGUGGCCUUCUAUCGUCCCCCAACGUUUGAAAUGAAGCACCGCGACAAAACACGGCGAGAAUACCUCUUGAAAUUCGACUACAUCGGCACGGCACUGUUUGCUGGAGGUCUUUUGUGUUUCUUGUUAGGCCUUUCGUGGGGAGGAGCGGUUCACCCGUGGAAGUCAGCACACGUCCUCGCAACCAUCAUUGUGGGGGGUGUUUCCCUGAUUGUGUUUGCGCUGUGGGAGCUGUUUGCGCGACUCGAGGAGCCGCUGGUUCCCAUAACCCUUUUGGCCUCGGGACCUUGGACGGCGGCCGUGGUGACAUCUGGUAUCGGCGCCAGCCUGUACUAUGCCCUGACCAUCGUCUGGCCGUCAAUGGUGGCCAUCGUGUAUCCCUCUGGAGAUCUGAUCACCGACGGACUGAGAGCCUCCAUCGUCGGAGCAUGCUGGGUCAGUGGCGAGAUUGUCUCUGGCAUCGUCGCAAAACCCGUGGGGAGAAUCAAGCUGCAAUGUAUCGUGACACUAACGUUAGCCGGUGUGCUCCUCGGUUGUAUGGCCACCAGCGAUCCCGAUUCCAGCACUAGAGCAACGGUGCUCCUGAGCUUCAGUUGCUUCUUGGCCGGGUACGUCGAGGGCCUCUCUCUCACCAUCACCACCCUGGCCUUGGAGGAUCAGCAGCAGAUGGGUGCCGGGUGUGGAUUUGGAGGUUCGAUCCGCUUUACCAUUACAACAGUUGCCACCACCAUCUACACCGUCGUCCUCUCGGCCCGUCUGAGCGCGACCAUUCCGGACCAAGUGCCCCCGGCGCUUGUCUCGGCGGGACUACCAGCCAGCAGUGUCGCAACCUUCAUCGGCAAUUUGGCGUCGGGACAGUCUCUUGCCGACAUCCCCGGCGUGACGGCUUCGAUCAUCGAUGCCGGAAUCCAGGCAUACCGAUCAGCCAAUGCGGAUGCCUACCGGACUGUAUUCCUCUCCACGAUCGCUUUCACAGGCAUCGGCAUCAUCACCACCCUCUUCCUGCCCAACACCGAUGCAUUGAUGACGGAUGAGGUCUCUACCACGCUCCAUCAUAAGAAGGACGAGAAACUUGCACGUGCUGCUGCACAUGUAUAA